AAACUGAAUCUUACUCCUUCAAGGGAUUUUGAUGGGAUGGUUGGACUUGAAGCUCACUUGACAAACCUGAAGUCUUUGUUAUGCCUCCAGUGUGAUGAUGAUGUGAAGAUGAUUGGGAUCUGGGGUCCCGCAGGAAUUGGUACCAAUGGGUAAGAAAACAAGAGCACAGUUGACAGCUGAGAAAGACGCAAGAGAUGCAGAAGAUUGGGCACAAAGAGGAAAGUCUUUAGAAGAUGAAACUGCUCCAACAGGGACUGAGAGAACUACUAGGCAACGAACUCAGGCUGCAAGGAAGUCCACUGAGCAAAUGCAGAGAGCAGAAACGACUUCAGCUGCAAGGAAGUCCACUGAGCAAGUCAAGAGAACAGAAACGACUUCAGCUGCAAGGAAGUCGACUGAACAGGGGAAGAGAGCAGGAAAGAGUAUUGCAACUCCCACUGAUGAGGAGAGUGAGGAAGGUGACGAGGAGUCAGAAGAGGAGCCUGCACCUGCGAAGAAGGCAAAGAUGACAAAAGGGAAAGGUAUUGCUGUUGAAAGGGACAAGGGGAAGGUUCCAACUCCGGAAGAGCUGUAUGAUCACCUGAUGAAUGGGAUGGGCUGGCAGGCAACAAGAUUUGCUGACCUUGAGCUACUGAAGGCACUAGAGAUCGACUCAGAUAUGGCGGAACUGUUGGGGCAUUUGAAAAUGCCAAAGCUUCUCACCAUGGCUUAUCCCACCUACAAGGAGCUCACUUCCCAGUUCUUGUCCACUUUGGAAGUCACCUACCACGACUCUAGACAUGUUCGGCAGGGAUGGGGGAAAAUCAAGUUCAAGAUCGAUGGAAGGGUCUACUACAUGAACUUCAGAGACAUUGGGACAAUCAUGGGUUUCCAAGAUGCAGAGGAGACUACUCUUCCGAGGUGCGACGGCCUCCCGAAGAAGCUGUGGGAAUUGAUCACUGGAAUCAACCACAGGACCGGCGCUGACAAGAACUCUCGCAUCCGACACCCUACAGUGCGCUACCUCCACCGACUGCUUGUACACCUCUUCUACCCACGGAAGCAGCAUGGUAACGUCACAGAGGAAGAUCUCCGCCUUAUCUGCCCUGCUAUCAGUCCCUACACUACUCCGGGACAGCUACCACUCCCCAGCACAGACAUUUACGCCAAAUUUGGGAUGGUAGGAUUCUUUGUGAGUCGUCUUGAGCACUACAGAGACUGGGCUUGGACCACAGGGGAUAAAGACCCAAAGAUAGGGAUUGGAGGGAUGAUCACACCUCUCCUACAGGCUCAGAACAUCAACUUAAGAAAGGGUGGAGUUGGUCCUAAGCUCAUUGAUGGAGCCUACUUGAAGAUAGCCACCUACUUCAGUGGGAUGUACCAGGGCAGCUACGUCUACCACUAUGGCUUGGAGAAAGGAAAGCUGAGGUACUCCUCCCAAACAUGGACCUGACGAGCUUGAUCAUCCCUGGAGUCAUCAGCUUUGACCUUUCCCCGACAGACUUCUUUGGGGAACACGGGACUCUCGAUCCCGUUGUUGAACUUGGUCGACCUUGGCAACCUAGGGAGUCGAGAGAGACUGAGCCAGAGAGACCUGCUAAGGCGGCUUCUCCACCCGUCUAUGGUCAACCGCGCUACUCCUUCCAACCCUAUAAAGGGGUUCUUCCACAUGGUGCUCUUCGUGAUGCUCAUGAGCACAUAGGUCGACUGCAGCGAUGGAACAAGGCUCAGGACAGGACAAUAGAGAAGUUAAAGACCAAGUGCAAGUCGCUUAGCAAGACGGUGAAGCAGCAGGCCAAGUUCACAUCCAAAAUCUUGAGGAAGAUGGCUGAUGUGCUGACGAGGGGAGGUAUAGCAGGAUGCAGCAGGGCAGACUUUGAAUUCCCGGACGCUCCGCAGCCCCGGCGUCCACCUCAUCCUGCUACCCUCAGCUGAGAGACAGCAGCGGCGCCUAGACAGGAACCCUCCCAUCGAACCCUCAUCCUCAGGAAACAAAUCUCCAUCCUUGGCAUCUUCAGAUGACGACAUAGAGGUUGAGGAGGUUCAGAGUCAGCACUGGUACGGAGACUACAGUUCCGCUGGAGGCUACUACACCUACUUCCCACCAGAUGAUGGCGCUGGCCCAUCUGACUCCACUCACCACCCAUAGAAGGUAACCCGCACUUCUUCCCUUGUAAAUACCAUUUUUUCUUGCAUUUAGAUUUCUUUUGGGUAUCUCUUUCGACUUAAGAACACAGAGACUGUGUGAAUUAAGUUUGGGGGAGGUACCAUGUAUUUGAUCAUGUUUGCUUUCAUGUUUAAGAGUCUCAUGCAUUGCGUUCUUAUUCAUAUUCAUAAAAAAAAAAAAAGCAAAACAUUUAGACUGCAUUCACUUGCACCUUUUAGGAGAGUCUAGAGCAUAUAGGUUGCAUUUCACUUGCAUUGGGAGCAAUGAUUUAAAAUGCCUUGGAAAGAACACCACUUCGCGCUUGAAUUGAUAAUGCACCUCUUGUAAAAGCCUUGUAUGUUUCGAGCCUUGAAAACUCUUCUUGAAACGUGUUGCUUGCUUGAUAUUGACAUUGCUCUUGAAAACCAACUCCAAACUGAACUUGAAUGUAAUGAACUUAAUCUCUCUUGCAUAUGGGCACUUGCAUACUUAGUCAUGGAUCUCAUACACAUUUGGGUUAUCUUAUUUCAUUCAUUAUCCUCUUGUUAAUCCAAAUGGCACUCCCAUACCCUUUAACCCUUACCAUUCAUUGAAGCCAUCAUUGAUUUGCUUGAGUGAGGCCUUUUUGUGAAAGCUUGUCAUGUGCAAAAUCUUGAGAAUAUUAGGAGCGAUAAUGGUUUGUUCUUAUCUUUGGCUAGCACUAGGACCUCAUUUGAGCUAGCACUUAGGAUGGUUGUUGGGUUUGUGAACUUGUUUUUGAUCUUGGGAUUGGGAUGUGAGAGAGAGGUGAAAGAAAUGAACCAAAAAGUGAGAAAAGAAAAAAAAAACACUAGAAAAAAAAAAGAGAAAGAGAAAAACUCUAGAAUGUAUAAAUAGAAUCCCCUUAAGAGUCAAAAGAAAAGAAACAUGAAAAGAAUGGGGGAAAGAAAAAAAAGGGAAAGAGUUUAGUAAAAAAAAAAAAAAAAAUUUCCUAGUUGGUUAAGCAAGAAAGAGAAGAGUGUUCAUUGGGUGAGUGGUGAAAGUGGUAUAUUUGGGGUUUGGGAUGAUGAAAAGAAGAAGGGUAGAACUUGUAAUCAUUUAGGAAAAGGGUAGAAUGAUAAGAACAAGUCAUUGUAUGCAUGAAUUGCUCCUUUUCUUAGAUAAAUUUUGCAUAAUGUUCUUACUCCUUUUCUUGAGAGUUAGCAACCAUGAAAGAUACAUUUGAAACCCCUCUUGCUUCACAUUAGACCAUUUUCACUCUUACCAAGCCAAAUGAUUGAGAUCAAGUCCCCAUUUGCAAGUAUUCACCUUUUGUGUUGUAUAAAUGAAUGUGAGAGUUGGUCUAAAGAGCUUGUUGAUGGAUGAGCAUUGUAACUUGUGUAGAGGCAUAGGAGUAUGGAUAGGCCUUGAGAAGCUAGAGUGCAAUAAGAGAGUGUGCUAUUUUUAGACUUUGAGUAAAAUCUAGUCCUAUGUGUGUUUCUUUUGGCUAUGAGCUCCCACAUUCACAUCCUCUUUCUCAAUGAGUUCUAGAAAGUUCACUUGUGGACAAGUAAAAGAACAAGUUUGGGGGAGUUGAUGUCUUGCAUAAUUGCAUUGUUUCACCCAUUCCCUUUCAUGCAUUUUCAUCAUAUAGGUUAGAUUCUAGUCAUGUUUAGGUUGCAUUUUGCAUACAUGAGUCCUUAUCAGGUAUUGGAGCAUCUUAUGGAGCUUUUGGAGACAUUGGAAUGCAUUUGGAGCUCAAAAGAUGUGAAAAGGAGGAUGAUUGGACGAGAGGAGCCUGGAGCGACCUCGAGGAGUCGCUGUGCGACCUCGCUCCAGCCGGAGCGACCUGCAUGAAGAAAGCUAGAGCGACCACUCCAAGUCGCUCGGCUUUACACGUCUCGAAGACGAAGAAAUUGACUCCAGAGCGACCCCUCGCAGCGACCAUCCGAGGUCGCUCCCAAGGCCAGAGCGACGUGCUGGAGCGACCUGUGGAGGUCGCUGCGUGUUUCUUAUUUUCGAUUUCUUUUUAAUUCAAGGACCUAUUUGCAAUUACUUAUGUCGUUUUGGCACUCUGAAAAACCUAAGUUUAAGACUGGUUGUAGCCACUUUUGGGGCAGAUUAUCUUUUGUUGAAGAGAAAACCACAAAAUACUCUUGGAAAGUUCAUCUUUUGGAUUCA